AUGCGGCCCGGGCCAGCCCUGCGUUCACUGAUCUGCUCCCAAACGAGGGGACAUCGUGAGGGUACAGCGGGGACACUGCGGGGACACCGUGAGCCACAGCGAGGGCACCACGCUGCCGGCCCGGCCCGGCCCAGGCGCGGUCAGUCCCGUCCCGCCCCCUCAGAGCCCGGUGGGCGGAAAGCGCCCCCUCACGGCGCCCCCUUCACGGCUCCCCCUCACGGCUCUCCCCUCACGGUACCCCCUCACGGCUCCCCCCUCACGGCUGCCCCGUCACGGCUGCCCCCUCACGGCGCCCCCUCACGGAUCCCCCCCCCCCCCUCACGGUGCCCCCUCACGGCUCCCCCCUCUCGGUACCCUCUCACGGCUGCCCCGUCACGGUACCCCCUCACGGCUCCCCCCUCACGGCUCCCCCCUCACGGCUGCCCCUCACGGCUCUCCCCUCACGGCACCCUCUCACGGCGCCCCCUCACGGUGCACCCUCACGGCGCCCCCUCACGGCUACCCCCUCACGGCUCCCCCCUCACGGCUCUCCCCUCACGGCUCCCCCCUCACGGCUCCCCCCUCACGGCUGCCCCGUCACGGCUCCCCCCUCACGGUACCCCCUCACGGCUCUCCCCUCACAGCUCUCCCCUCACGGCGCCCCCUCACGGCUCUCCCCUCACGGCGCCCCCUCACGGCUCUUCCCUCACGGCUGCCCUCUCACGGCUCCCCCCUCACGGCGCCCCCUGGCGGCUCCCCCCUCACGGCGCCCCCUGGCGGCGCCCCCCUCACGGCGCCCUUUGGCGGCCGUGCGCGCACUGCUGCACCUGCCGCUCCUCGGGAACAGCGCAGGAGCUGAGAGAUCCAUAA